ACAGUUCGAUGUGUGUCCAUAUAAGCGCGUACUAAGUCUCUGUGGGACGAGCAUUUUUAUUGGAAUAAAUGACAGUGAAUUUUCAGGAGUUCCCAUUUGACUAGGCGCAAUUUUUUUGCUUUUAUUUAUGUCGAGUAAAUAGCCUGAAGAGAAGACAUCAUUUUAGUUCGUGCUAAAAUUAAUCAUUUGAUUCAAUCAAUACUCGUGUGUUUUCCAUUCAAAACGAAAUAAAUCAAUUUAAAAUCGUUCUUACAUCAUAAUCAUUGUUAUUGACGCCAGUAAACUGGUUCGCUCUCGUUUCAAUGGAAAUCUGUGUGUACAAACGGCGAAGUGCAAAAAAUCGAUUAUGCUAUUGUUUGGAGUAAUUGUCAUUGAUCGAGUCAAUAAAUCGUGUGUUUGUGUGUGUACGGCAAUUGAAUUAUUUGUGUUUAGAUAAAUAAAUGUUUUCCGCAACAAAUCAAAUUGCAUUCAACUCAAUUUUGUUAUUGCAAAUCCAUUUAAUGUUAGUUUAUCCGUAACAAUACAACGUAUAUAUCUAACCUGUAACAUAAUACACUCACAUAACGUCCGAAUAGUCAAUAUUAUAUAGUCGUGUUUAAAAAAAAAACAAAAAAUCUCUAGUUACAAAUUUCUAUGUUGAUGUUGUUUGUUUUUUUUUCGUUGGCGUAAAAGUGCGUCCGAAUCGAAAAUUUGACCGAAAUUUGAUAAAGGAUUGCAUCAUUGUUUCCAUUGCGAGACGAAUUUGAUUGAACAAUUGUAUGUUCGUUAUUUAAUUGUGAUCCCCAUUUAUUAUCUGGAUAAAAAAUCAACCGAAAUAAUCAACUAGAUUGCACUGCUAGUCCAAAAUAAAGUCAAACAAUGCAAAAAUGUGAGAAUGAAAUUUUUACGUUUAGUUUGGUCUUAAUCUAUACUUGAGAUACAGAGAGAGAGAGAAGAAAAAGAAGAAGAAGAAAAUUAAAUCUUCAUAAGUGCUAUAGUUGAUUUUAUUAAUCAAGUAUAAACGAAAAAGAAAAUAUCUAUCUAUAUAUAACACAGUGAUUUUCACUCUAGUCGAAUUGGUCAAAAUGCAAACGCUUCGGAAGAAAACUAGCCCUUGCAAGUAUCGAAAUGAUCCAGGUCGAUUUUUUGGUGAUGGAGUCAUUUUCAAGGCGAAACUAAUCGGAAUUCUCGAAGUGGGAGAGGCUCGCGGUGAUCGAAUGUGCCAAGAAGCAUUACAGGAUUUGAAAACUGCAAUUCGAGCAGCUGGAGAGCACAAACAGAGAAUCACAAUAAAUGUCACCAUUGAUGGAUUACGAUUGCGGGACGAACGUACUGGUGACUCUUUGUACCAUCAUCCGGUACAUAAAAUAUCGUUCAUUGCGCAGGAUAUGACCGAUUCCAGAGCGUUUGGCUACAUUUUUGGUUCACCGGAAAGUGGCCAUCGAUUUUUUGGUAUCAAAACCGACAAAGCAGCUAGUCAAGUGGUUCUCGCCAUGCGAGACCUAUUCCAAGUGGUGUUUGAAUUGAAGAAGAAAGAGAUUGAAUUGGCGCGUCAACAUAUACAAAGCAAAUCGAUCCACGAUCAUCAACCAGUAACACUGAAUAUCAAGAGUACAUUAGAAUCAUCACAUUCAACAUACAAUAAGGAUCAUAGUGAAACUAGUGCAACAUCCAAAUAUACACAUAAAGAAAUGUCUCCCGAAUCGGUAGCUGAUCUAGUGGAUUUAGAACAAGAGUUAAGUUCAAUACAGCGUGGAAUAACGCAAAUGGAACGGAUUACACCAAUCGAACCGCCAACAAAGAAUUUGAACGAAGAUGAUCCAUUCGGCGACUCGUUCACACAAUAUCCUACCUACAAUCUGCUGCCACCGCCCGAGUCAACAAAAUCGCGGUAUGCGAAGCAAUUGAAGCCACCAGACGAUAAUUACGCUUCGACGGCAGUUAUUAGCAGUUCGACGGAUAAUUCGAAUAAAAUCAAAGCCAAAUCAACGGCCGACGAAAAUUGGUUGAAUUCCAGUGAUGUUAUGAAAUUAGGAAAAACGAAUCAAACAAGUGACAAUGAAAAUCGAAACGGACUUAAGCUAUCCACAUCGGUAACAAGUGUCAACGAUAUCGUGGCAACCGAUGAUAAUUUAAUGCAAACAACGCCGACCGCAUUGACCGCCACUUCCUCUGCAUCGCAUUACAUUGAUGCAUUCUCCGAUUUGGAUCCACUUGGAACGGGCAAAAUACGACCAUACAUCGAUAAAAAGUAUUUCUUCCAAGAUUUGAAAAAUCCACCGAAAAAAGUGCUAAAAGAUUUAUCAGAUCGCGAUGGAUUCUCCACAAGCUUUAUAUCAGAACCAAAAAGUACAUCCGAUUUUUCGGUAUUCCAAGAGAAAUCGAACAUCGACAAUGCGCUACAAGAUUCACGCAAGAAAAGCGAACAAAGCGAUGAAUUUGUUGCCCAAUUUUCAUCAAACACACAAAUCUUUUCACCAAAUAACAAUGGCACGCAUGGAACACCACCAAAUUUAUCACGAUCCGACAAUGUUCCACCGUAUUCGAACCAAGGCAGCUCAUUUCCCGGUCCAUUCGAUAACAAUUCCAAUGCCAAUAAGGUUAACGAUUCAGCUGAUCCAUUUUCACCACGUGUACGCAAAUUCGAUCCAUUCGAAGAUGAAUUCUCCAAACCAUCAAGCACAUUCGAUUUUAGCUUCAGCAAAGCCUUUUCGGAAUCCAAUAAAGCAACGAAGCAUCAACUUUUUAAUGGGCCUUUGCAGGAUGUUCGUCGACUGCAGGAAAGCGACUCAUACAGUGAGAAUGAAAUCGUUCCGGAGCCACCGCCACGGCCUGAGACGAAUUUACAUUCAGAACCGCCGCCAUUGCCGCCAAAAAAGCAAUUUUCCGACAUCGUUAUCAGACCGCGCGUUACAUCACCUCUUGCCAUGGGCCGUGAUUCCUCCAGAUACGGCGUACCAAAAUCAAAUCAUGUAAGUCAUGAUCAACAACAGUCAGGAGAUGCUCCCUCCUUGCCAUUGCCAUCGCGUCGUAUUGGUCGCGCUGAAUCAAAUCAAUCGUAUCCCGGACCGGGUAGACCAGAAAAAGAGGUUCCACUCCUACUCCCUCCGCCAAAAACCAAAGGUAGUAUUAAAAAUCGAAGCCGACGAUCCGAGGAGAAUGUGCCCAACGCCACAUCGGAUGGUAACCGAAAAUCGGCCGGCAAAAGUGAUAGCGAAAAUGUCAAUACCAGUGCACCCAUAGUAAAAUCCAUCCCUGACAUCACACUUAGUCAAUUAUUAACGCUUGGCAUCGAUGAUUUAGCAUCGAAAUUGAAUGUUCCGGCUAGCAAACUAAAUACAAUGACAAUCGUUGAGCUUACAAAAUACCUGUCCGAUUAUAUUGAAAAGUCAUCGCAAAAGAAUUUCAACGUAUCCGAUCCACCGCCCAGUGUGCCUGCCUCAGCGAAGUCAACAACAACGGCAACAGUUACAUCAACAUCACAACCGGAAACGAGCGCAACAGCGCCUCCACUAGAAAAAGCAUCUGAAUCGUCGGCUGUAUUCAAAGUGAGCUUCGAUGAUUCCAGCGACUCAACAUUCAUUGCAAAAUUCGACGAUAACUUUGGCAUUGACAACGAUUUCAUUCCCAAUUUCGAUCAAUUCAAUCAGACGCGUGGCUCAACGGUUGACAAGUAUGCCGUAUUCCGUGAGAUUAUCGACCAAGAAAUGCAAUCCGAUCAUGUUAAACCGGACACUAAGCAAAGUAAUGAAAGCAACGAAGUGAGUUCGGACGCUGAGAGUCCAACAAAUGACGUCGAAAAUUUACCAUUGUCAUCGAAAAUUGACACAAAAAUCACCGAAGCCAUUUCACAAGCAAAAGACCGUUAUGCUGCAUUGCGUGAUAUCAUUCUGGUGGAAGAUUUAUUCGAAAAGCCAUCGUCAGUUGAAACGCCGAUCGAAGAUCGACCCACCGAAAAUGUGGACAAUUCGUUGAAUGAUGAUAUUGAAAAGGAAUUUGAUGUUACCGAACAAAGUUCACCAGAGGCAAACAUUUCAAUCACACUUGACGACCAAGAAGAUUUGGAUCCAUUGAAAACUCUUACUACGCCGACCAUUAGCCAACCGAUUUUAAGCAGCAAAGACGAUUUGGAAAUUGAUGAGUACAUGAAUCGGGCCAUUUCCAAUUUAUCGCUCGAUAGCCGAGAUCAUUUGUCGCCAUUGUCAAAGUCUGGAACCAAAUCACAGAAUGCCUCAACGUCACCAUUGUCAUUGCAAUACAAAAAAUCAUCACCGAUUGAAGGCAUUAGCGAAGAACCGGGCGAAGAGCUGAACAUUCGAAAAACAACCCUCAAUGAUAUGUCAACAUCACCGAUUCCAAUUCAUAGUUCGCCAAUCAUUAAGACGGCCACAUCUGAAUCGUUUUCGGUUUCAAAAUCACCCAUCUCAUUGCUUAACAACGAUUCACAACCGAAUCAAGCAAUAAUCGCAACACCAAGCCCUGUGUCAAAGAAUGAUCCCGCGAAGGAUAUCGCUAGUAAUGGAAACCAAGCACCAGUACAAGAAGAAUCUUGGGCUGUAUUUGACACAGAAAAAGUGGCGCCAGCCGAAAUAACGAAUACGAAAUCUCCAAGAGAAGAAUCCGCAAAAAUGGUUGCCGAAUCUCCUUGUUCAUCGGACGACAAAGCCGACUGGAAAACGGAUAACAAAAAAUGGCGAGGCCAUACAUCGUCAUCAUCGCGAGAUUUAAGCCCAUGGGAUGAUGAUGAAUAUCGAUCGCACCGCAGUUUGUCGUCUCAUCCAGACAGACACGGUUUCUAUAUGCGACACGCUCGCCGAAUGAACUCCUGCGAUGACGAAUACGAAUACGAGGAUGAAAAGGCCCGACGCCGAGACAGGCGUAACAAUGGCUCGCAAAAUUGGUAUCAUCCAAGUAAUCAUCGAUCUUGGUCGCCACCAGAAGAUGAGAAUUGUGAUCACGGUCGAUCGUUUGAUCGUUGUUCAUACGAAAGAAGCACAUAUGGGCCGCCAUAUGAGAAACGAGAUUUGAAAUCGAUGCCAUAUUCAUCUGAUCGCCAUCUGUACAAGGGUUAUGAUAAACGAAAAUACAUGCGCGACUAUGGUCGACCGUAUGAUAUGGACGAUUACGGCAGCUAUGAACAGCAAAUGAAGCAUUCACGGAAGGGAUAUGUGGAUGAAGUGUAUGAGAAUACAUCGAAUUUUAGUAUGCGUUCAAAAGUGCCCAAAGAUUAUUUCUACGAGCGUGAAAAGCAUAGUUUUGAUCGUGAUAGCACUGAAUCGUUCGAAAGCAAUGGCCGUCGACGGAAAUCGUUUGGCAGCGGUGGCGACAUGUGCGGUGGCUUCAACUACCGCGAACGAUACUCUUCAGCCGAUCGAAAGCGUUCGAUGCGGAAAUCAAACAAGAAUCAACGAUCUAAUGAAGAGGACUACGAACAAGAUUCCGAUGGAGAUGCAGCCAUUCAUCGAUUGCCACCAACUGAAACGCGCAGCUUGCAACGAAGGCCGAGAAAGAGCAGCGGAUCGUCGCCAUGGGAUGGUGAAGGUCAAAGAUCAUGGAAGCGACCAGCUAGUGCUUCGGAAUCAGAGAGGAAGUUGGCUGAAAGAAGUAGAUUGAAUCCGGCCGUGUCUGGAUCGGAUGGAGAAAAAGAUCGAAGAUUUUUCCGGAAGCCGCGAAGUCGGGAUCGUGAGGCUGACAUGCGAAGUAACUAUGCAACGAUGCGCUAUCCAAGCGCAUCACGUGGUGACGACUACGAAUACGAUGGAGCUGACUAUGAUGAGGAGGAAGAGGAACAAUUCCAUGAUAUGCGACGAAAGGAUCGGCACACCGCCGAUUAUCGUCGUCGUAUCGAGCAUAGCCGCAAUAUGGAAAGCAUGCAUCGUAUGAGCAGAAGCAAUCGCGACGUGUGCUACCAAAGCGAAAAGGAUCGGUACGAUAAGUUUGAUUCAUUUGAUCAGGGCUCGAAAGGUGGUGGCAGCCGGUCAUCAUCACGACGUGAACAUGACUUCAGCUAUGAAGAUACACCACAUCCGAAUGUCGGAACGACCAAAUUCGAUUUUGAAGCGCCCGACAAUGGCUUUGAAAGUGAUUUCAACACGGCACCGGAGAAAAGUCUUCGAUUCUCAACGGAUUUUUCGGUGGAUAAAACAUCAUCGAGAUUGAAUCAAAACACACAUUCGAUUCCAAUUCAGUCGACCGGUGGCAAUAGUGAAAUGAUUUCCACGCCACCGCAGCAAAAGUUGCGCUUUGACGAUAAGAUCACCGUCUCGAAAUUCGAUUUAUUCGAAGAUGACGAUUUCUCAAAGGCAGAAUUCUCGUUCCAAAAUGAAGAUCAAUGGGUUGAAGAGCUACCGAAAAAGAACAAUCUCAAAAACGUGACUUCAAUGAAGCGACACGAUAACAUAAAAAAAUCGGAAUCGGUCAAUAUAUUCGCACGCAACCAGGACGAUCCAUUCGAAGAUGAUGAUUUUUUCAAUAAAUCUUCCGAACAAAAUAACAACAAUAAUUUCGCCAAAUUUGAAGAUAACCUCUGAUCUAUUUCGUCAUACAAGGACAGCAUCGCUAUGUCGGGUCGGUUAAAUGGUAAAACCAAGCGUUCUUCAACCAAUUUACUACAAAACAUGAUAACGAUUAAAUUUUCAAUUAAAAACAUGCUAACCUAUGAUAUUUUAUAAAUGGAAGCCAAUAGCAAAUGGAUCGAUGACAAUGCCGACUACGGCCGCAUUCCGAAUUGUAUACGCGGGCCAUAUAUGCGUUUCGUUUCGAAACAAAAUUUGAAAAACAAGAACAAAAAAAAAUAAAUCAACAGUCAUAAUAUUUAUAAACAAUAAAAGAACUAUCAUUAUUAGAGCAAAACUAAACAAAAACGAAAGAAAAAAAAAACAGAUCAAUUUGAGUUGUUUUCGGUUGAAAAUUUAUCAGAUUAUGCAAUAUAUGCAAUCCUAGCUAAUUUAAAUUGUCUUUAUUAUUUUUGAUCAAUAGUAGAAAGAAAAGAACAAAGCAAAUCUGUAUGUAUUAUGCAAGCAAUUAUCGUUAGAUAUUCAAAUGAGAUUUAUUUCCUAUAUACGAAUGGCAACAGCACAAAAGCGAACGAUACUCAAAAUGAAUCACAAAAAAAAAACAACUAAACAAAAAUUAUAUAUGCAUUUUUAUCAUGUGAAUAAAACAAAAACGAAAGAAA